GGACGAAGGGGGAAGUUAUCGCGCUUUGAUGUCGAUAAAAGUUAACUGCGUUGAUAUUAUUCCGCCCAGGAAAUAGAAGAAACUAAGACUGAGGAAAAACUGGGGCAGUCAUCGAAUUUUCAUAUUUGACCCAGGGUUACACGAAAGGGUCAGACUGCCUCUUACGAUGGUCUUAAAAGUCUUCAUGCUUCUGAUGGUUUGUCUUAGUGUAGGACUUCCGAUCGUUAGGGCAGGUUUUGGGGGAUCCCCAUGUGCCAUUCCCGCGAUUGGAAGCCCCGGGGCCACCACUGUGUGUACCGCCGACACCAAUGGCUUCUGUCUGAUAGACCACCUCACUGUCACAAGUCCCGUCCCCGUCACCGUCACUUCAAUCACGUACGAUGGUGUCUGUAUCUGUUACUACGGAUUCAGUGGGCCCAGCUGCUCUACAAUGGCUUCAAGUCCAUCAACCUCUAACGUACCCACUCUGGUGGCUGCAGCGACGUUAGCUGGCGCAGGCGCAUACUUUUUGGGUCAGUUGAGAACGGGAGAAAUUCCUUUAGGAGGAUGAGGAUUUGGUUCCACAAAGAGGACAUUUAUUUGAUACAUGAGCAAUUUGUUUCCUAUCAGAAUAAAAGAAGAUUCUAUAGAAUAUAAAUUCCGAUAGGAUUUUUUAAAAAAUCCAACAGUGUUUCAAAAUCCGAGAGGAAAUCUUAAUUUCCUAUAGUAAAACUACCUGUCUGAUUCAUAUUCCGGUUGAAAACACUUUAAAUUGUUAUAGGAAUUUCAGAAAACUUUUUCCAUACACUAUUACUGGGUUUUUUUACUGUUAUAAGAGGACAGAGUUUCAAUAACUUUCCGUUACCAUUUCUGACCCUUAUGUCGGCGAUUAACUAUAUAUGAUGGGGGGGGGGGCAAAAAUGGAUAAUGAAUUAUUUGUGAAUAAUGCGACCAUUAUAUUACAGGUAACUGUACGGAUUUGUGACAGUGAGUGUUUAGUGUUUACUUGACUAAAAUGCUGUUUGUAGACUUUAUCUAAAUAAAGAUGGUUUUCUUUAUCUAAAUAAAGAGGUGUUUGAGGAAAGGACCUCCCCCCUCCCUGAUUUAUACCCCCGGGGUAGUUGACUCCUUUCUUAUAUAAACCCCUUUAAAGUCCUGCACACAACAUGUUUUUAUGUCAGAUAUUUGAAAAUUAACUGAAAAUAAGCGAUUUAUUUAAAACUACUCCAACCUGCAAAUAAUACGGGCCUCUUUUUAUAUGCGGGAGGGGGUGAUUUACAUUUAAUUAAUUUUUUAUUUUCCGCGUUUAUUUUCAUGUAUUGAGAUAUUUUUAUUAAUUGAACAUGUUGUUCACAUAAAAAGUAUUUAUAUUAAAAAAGUCAACAACCCAGUGAGUUUCAAU